CCCUCUGUAACAAAUUUCCCAUAGGUUAGAAACUCUAUAUAAAUAAGAGUUUUAUUUGCAAGAAAUUAGAGGUUCUUGUAAUUGUAUUAAGUAGUAAUUGCAUUGCAAAAUAAUGCCAUUACGAUUAUUCCAUUAAUCACACCCAACAACGUUAUGGAACAUGAGAAAUUGUUUAUGACUACAUGUAACUGAUCAGAACCUAAACAUUAAUUUUGUGUAUAUGUAUUUAGGUGUAAUAUGCAAAAGGUUCUGUGAAUCUAAUGUUAGUUAGAUUUGUUUAAUACAUUUACUUACAUGGUACAUACAAAUGGAUCAUACAUUCAGAAGGAUUUUGGACACUAUAUCAAGGUGGCUUGAGGACUUAUAAUUGUGUUUAAUAUUGAUAUUCUGAUACCUUGUAGUGGUUAUGAUAACAUAAAAUACAGUAUGCAUAUUAAUAGAGGAUGUUAAACGAAUUAUAUUGCAAAAUGUAUAAUAGUUUUUAUGUAUUGUGAUUUUGGAUUUCUUAAUAAUUGUUUCAAUCAUUUGCCGCGACGGCAGCUCCGUAUGUUCUGUUUUACCGACGGUUUAGAAACAGCAAAACAUAUUAUGGCUGAAUGGUGGUUUUCUUAUUAAGAAUGAUGUGUUGAUUUGUCUAAAUACAUUGUAUGAUGUGAAGGAGAUACACAGCGAGUGUAAUUAAUGGAUACUGUGAAUACUGUGACAUGUAAUAAACAGAAUCUCAUGCCAAAGCUAAGAAAAAACCGGAGAAUUGAAACCAAGUGGGGUGUCAAAUAUUAUACAGCAGUGAAAAAUGCUGUUUUUGUAACCCAGGCACCAUCUUAUGUGCCAAAAGAACCACCCCUCACCUUGAGAGAACAUGUUUCAGAAUAUGAAACUUUACAUAUGUGUGCACAAUGUAAAGACUGUUUCCAUUUUCGAAACAGUUUGGAAGAUCACAUUGCAAGGAAAAGUUGGAUAUUGGGAUAUUGGUGUCAACAAUGUUUCAUAACUACUUGUGGUCACAGUCCCAAAGAAGGCUUAUUGUGCUCUGCAUGUGUGCAAUUGGAACGUAACAAACGUUCAUAUUUAAGAAGCAGAGGUUUACACAAAAGUCAGAAAUUUGGGGCAGUUAGAAUCUUUUACAAUCAGUGCCAGUUCUUUGCACAUUUGAGAGCCCAUAAUGUAAAUGUAGCAGAUAUGGGUGAUUUAAUGUUAAUGCCUUUACCAACAAACAUAAAUCAUAAUUGGAAUCCUGAAGUAGAUAUAACAUUGGAAGCACUCAUGGAACAUUCAUUUAUAAUGAAAGUGCAUAUAAUGGAUUGGUUAAAGGAUAACAGCAUUGAGAAUAAUUGGUGGCAAUUGGUUACUAGUGAAUCAGAAAAGAGUAGUAAUUUAAUCACCCUUGUUAUUAAGGGUUAUAAAGGCAAAUUUUACUUUAAACCAUUAGAAAUACCAAUAGAAGAACAGUUUUCAAUUUUAAAAUCUUCUCAUUCUACAUCCAAUAAUAGCUAUAGGUACUCUGAUAUUGAAAUUAUUGACUCCAUAGAAAAUGUUGAUAAAAGGAAAAGCUCAUUUUCUGUAGAUGCUGCAACUUUCAUUUCUGAUAAAGGUGUGAUUGAAAAUGAAGACAAUCCUUGUACAUCAAACGACAUUGCUUUUGUGGAUUGUGGACCUGCAUCAAAAUAUUUUGAACCUGAAACUCCACUAACUAAUAAUACAAGGAAACAUUCAACACCUUUUACAAAAUCACUACAAAAUAAUUUGAUUGCUAAUAUGGUUACUACGAAAUUUAAAAAAAAUAGAACCACAGGUUUGAAGUGUAUUUCAUCUGAUAUGGUUAUGUCAUAUGGCAAUACAAUGAUUACGCCAAAACUUAACAAUAAACAUAAACGUGCAUUGCCAGUUAUAGUGGCCGCCAAAAGCAAUAUUUUAAAGACAGAUUUGAAUAAAACAAUUCCGGACAAUUUUUUAAAUAUAGAAUCAAUAUCUCCUGCAAUAACAACGGAUACGUGCAACGAUAAAUUAGAUAAAUUAAAACAAAAUGUACAUACAUUAACAGUUAAUUCUGGCCAAAAGAUUUUUACAUUUCAAGGCACGAAGCGUGUUGACAUUAAUACAAUUAUCAAUCAACUACCCUCUCAUAUUGUUAAUAAUAAAAAGAUUGUUUUUAUAGGACAAGAUUCAGAUAUUAUAACUGUUCAUAAUAAACAAGAAUCGUCUCCUAAUAAAAAGGUAGUUCAGUUGGUACCUAAUACUUGUAGUGAAAAAGGUACUGAAGUAUCGCAAACGAAAUCAGUGGUACCGUUUCAUACAUCAAGAGAAUCACCCCCCCAAAAAAGUAGUAAAGUAUUAAAAGAAGUAUCUUCUAAAAGGACAGCGAAAUUGGUACCUGUUGCCUGCCCUGAUAAAAAUACAAAGACAUCGCAAAAGAGAUCAACGGUACCGUUUCAUACAUUAAGCGAAUUACCUAACAGAAACGUUAGUAAAACUGCCCUUAAAGGUCGAACUGAAUUUACGAAAAACUCAGCACGAUCGUUUUCGGGUAAAGUAAUAUAUCAAAAUGGUCGAAAAUAUAUUGUUAAACAGUCGUCAGCUUCCACUAAAAAUUCUAAAAACGUAUCCAAUGCAAUAAUGUUAAGGAAAGGCGUACGAAGUAAAGUGGAAUCAAAAUCUGUAAAUAAUAUUCCACCAUUAAUACCUAUAAAUUCUACCGAAUUAGAAAAUAUAUCCAGCCAAGAGAGAAUGAACUCUCUUCAGGGUGAUGUGUCACCCUUAACGCCUUCACCAUCUCCAUCAGAAUUGUCGAGCAGUUCUAGUUGCGACGUUCAGUCAAAGCAAUCCCUUUCAGUCGUAAAAGCCAAUCAAAAGAUCGAAGGGACUUAUCCAAAAGUUGAACAUAUAGACGUUAACAUCAACACGCAAAAUCUGAGCAACACUUGUGAAACUUUGUCGUUCUACAAAGGCGAAGAUGAGAAUUUGUACCUCGAUGUAAAGUUUCUGAAUCAGAAGUUGGUCCAUACUAUCGUCGAUUCGUCCACAAUGAUAACAAAGUGUAAGCAAGAAAUGUUGAAUGAAUUUUUUCAUCUUCCUUACUUUGAAUUAAUGAAACGAUACGAACAUUUGCAACAAACUAGCGACGAAGUAUUAAGAGUAAUGAAUUGCAUAGAUGAUAACGUGAUUCAAGAAAACUUGAAAGCUGUAAACAUCUUGCAACACGUCCUGAAACAUUGUAUCGACAAAUGCAGCGAAAAAGUUGAUGAUACGAGCGAGGAUACACCAUUAAACGAAUGGGAAUUAGAAUUCGAGCGCACGGACACAAAAAUUGUUUGCAAAACGUGUAAUAAAAUUACGAAGCCUAGUUCUUAUAUUCCAGGCUUUUCGAAACCCUCGAAAAAUGAUAUUUAUUGCUCUUGUUACAGACACGUUUGUCACAAGUGUCACAUGUAUCAAGGUAACUCGAUGCGUUUCUUAGCUCAUCAGACUUUUCACGAAAAGGAGAAACCGCACUCGUGUCCAGACUGUUACCGUAAAUUCACUACAUUUAAAUCACUGGAAGCCCACACAUGGACUACCUGUUUUCAUACAUUGAAGAAGCGUGUUUUUGGCUGCAAGAUUUGCGAAAUAAACGGCUUUCAGGACAUGGAAUCUAUUGCUAGGCAUUUUAGUAUCAUGCACAGUCACAACAAGAUAGCGUGCAACAAGUGUUACGUUGUUUUACCUUCGUACUCCGCGUAUCGAAAACACCAUAAAGAAAAACACACUAGCUCAGACGAGCUGCUUCCCAUAAGGCUGGUGCUGUGUAAACUUGGACAGUGUAUCGUUCGUUGCGAAGAGUACAUGCUUCACAUGGAGAAGCAUUUGGUCGUUCAAAGAAUGAUAUGGUUCAAAUGUCCGUUUUGUACGUUUAUAAAUGCAGAAGUGAAACAAGUAAUGUCUCAUUUGCAAGGUGAUCAUCUUUUACGUCUGAAGGAGCUAAUAAGUCCUCAAGUAUUGUGGAACGUUUUGCCAGCUGAUUUAUUAAACCAUAGUCCGCCGCAAAGUAAGUGUGCGAAUACACAAGCGGAAGUUGAAGAGAAUGGAACGAUCAUGCCAAAAAUCAUCAACACCAGGACCAUCACGUCGGAGGUGUUUGAACAUGGAACUCAAAUAGCGAAUGAUUAUCUAAAUUAUGGCACUCAAGAAGCUAAACCGUCUCAACAGUCGUAUAAAAUGUUACCCAAGAUACUCGACGUCAGAUCGAUCGCUGAUCUAACGUUGAAUGAUUCGAAAUUGGCAGAAGAAGAUACACCGAAGAAAUAUAUCAAGAUGGGCAACGAUGAAAUGAAAGAGAUAAAACUCGAAGAUACAGUUGAUAGUAGAUGGGAUGAGAAACCGAUUAAACCCGAUCCAGACGAGAUGUACAUAGAAGAUCACUUCUCAAAAAUUGAACAAGAUGAAAGCAUCAGUGAUAGCUUGAAAACUAAACUGGUACUCGAUGAAAAGACCGAUCCGCAAAUUGCACAAACCAGGCCAAUCACGGGACCUCCUCCAUUAGCUAGAAUUCCACAAUAUGUCUUAGAAUCUAGUCGGCCCAAAGUGUCUGAACAGUCCACGAAAGCAGGAAAGGCGGUAUUUUCUCGAAAUCACAGAGCCGCUCGACGUCCUCAACGAAUUGCUUUGAGUGACUCGUCUAAGAAGAUCUUUAACUUCUCCUGCUAUUUGUGCGGAGAAUUAAUCAACACGUCUCAGGCCGUAAUAAAGGAUCAUUUUCAUAGGAAGCACUCGCAAGACUGUAAAGUGGUAAUAGUAACACCAAGACUGUUACGGCUAUCCUCCGAGUUCAUUAACGGUGGCUACAAGGAUCUGCUGGGUAGCAGAAAACGUAAGUCUGACAGUAGCUCGUCGAAUUCAAAAAGAAGGAGACGAUGGACACCGAAGAAGCACAGCGAUUCGAAAAAUGCAAAUUUCGCUGGUCUUGGGCUGUGCGUGAAACAGGAAACGGCAGAGGAUAGCGAGGGUAACUUUAGGUGUAAAAAAUGCGAUCAACGGUGUACCGAUAUGGUAAACUUACGAGAACAUAUUGCCUCGAAUCAUAGAAUCCGAGGACGAUGUUUAGUGUGUCUAGAGUGUGGAGAUAAUUUCGUUGUCGCGCCCAGUUUGCAGAUGCAUCUGAAAGCAUUUCAUGGGAUAGAAGAUCCCAUCACUUACAUGGCUCAAAACACGUCGUACGCUCCGGACAACGUGGACGAUCUUGAAGCUGAGGGAAAGUCCAUCGAGGCAAACCAAUGUCACGUUUGCAUGGCUGUUUUCGAAGACAAGGCUGCGGUGGACAAACACCUGAGAGUUCAUGGGAUGGCAUUUCUUAAUAGAAAAAGAAUCGAGGCACAGAACGCGUUAAAGAGUCCGGAGAAGAAAAACGAAACGGGAGAUAAAAUCCAAACAACACCCGUUAAAGUACAUUCAAAGAAACCUCCCCAAAAGGAUAAACCAGCGGAGACUAUUCUAGAAAAAAUCACUGCAACUAUAUAGCUAACGGAGGCACGACUAUCAGAGUCAAAGGCAAUCAGAAAGUAGUGAAUACUUAACAAUUUCCAGUUUUAAAUACGACAGCAAAUCUGUGAUUAUAACGUUUCGUUUAAACGACGAACACAUUUUAUUCUUUUCAUUAGCGAAAAUUAGCAAGGAGUUGCUAGUUAUUUUAUUAGGAUUGAAAGGAGACGAAUAACUUGCUUCUUCUAUUAACGCUCAGCUCAAUAGACAUGUUAAUUUUUUCUAACAAAAGAAAAAAAAAUUACGUCUUUUGUACAUAUAUAUGAAUAACCGUAGAUAGAUAUGUAAUUUAUUUUAUUAGGGAUUUCAUCGUUAAUAUAUACUUGGAUAACAAUUAAGUUACUGUAUUGUGCGCAUCGUUGAAAUUUGUUUCUUUAAUUUCUCGUAAAUCAUAUAGCCAUCUAUUGAAACUUGUAUAUUUGUUGGUCAUGAUAGAUGCUCUUUAUCUAUCGCGUCUCUCAUAUCUUUCAAAAGUUUUAUUAACGCAAUGUAAAUAACUGCUCUGUUUUAAACAAAAAAAAAAAAAA